CCUCUGCAUUUAGCGGUCAUCAAUAAUAAAAUACAGGCCGUGGAAGAGAUUAUAGAGCAGUGCCCAGAUUCCUUGGACGCAGUCACUAGCCAAGGCCAAAAUGUUCUUCACAUUGCAUACGCGAAGGAGCAUUGGAAAAUGAUAACAUUAUUCGAAGAUCAACACUGGAACAAUAACAUCUUUGUGCAAAGAGACGCUGACGGGAACGUGCCCGACGAGAUUACAGGGAACGUGUCGUUUCAGUCUCACCCUUGCUGGGAAGAAUUAGAGCGCAACAAUAUCAGAUGGAAAGAAUCUUAUAAGAAGUGGUUCAAAGGACGCAUGGAAGUAUGGAAAGAAAGAGCAAACACACAUUUGAUAGUUGUUACACUUAUAUUAACCGUUUCUUUCGCGGCUGGCUUCACCAUUCCUGGUGGUUACAAUGGUGAUGAUGGUCCAAAUAAAGGCAUGGCAAUCAUAUCCAAGAAAACAGCGUUCAAAGCAUUCGCAGUAACAGAUACCAUUGCCAUGAUAUCUUCCACAGCUGCUGUUUUUCUGCAUUACCUUGCAACUUACGAGAAAGAGAACAAAAGGUUGAGUCGUUAUGUAGCUGCUGGCAUCCUUGCCUUGGUUGCCAUGCUAGCAAUGAUGAUAGCGUUUAUGACUGGCUUGUACGUUGUGCUACCUUCUACAAGCCUAGCUAUAUUUAUCUGUGUCAUUUGCUCUUUAUCACUUGCCCUCUUUAUAUUUCUUUUGGGUAAGAGUUUUUAUGAUUCAUUUCAAAAGAAAAGGAAGAAAUAUUAAUUACUGAAACCUAAUGCUUCUGCCAUUUUUUCCUCUCUGGCUUAACUAGUUUGCUAAUUGCUUAACAUAAAGUUUUAUUCGACCACUUUGCUAUUUAUCAAGCUCCGGCCUGAAAGCAAGAAGCAAGGCUGUAAUCAAUUGCGCCCAAAAGCCAUUGUGCCUUUGUGCAUCCAUUUUCUGGCUUGUUAGGCGCUGCUUUUUUAUUGUAGCGUGCGGGCUUAUAGUGUCUGAGUUGU